UUCCAUAUGACUUCAGUUGACCCAGAAGUGCAAACCGAUUUGUCAACUUGUCUGGUCUAGAUAGCAGCCAGAAGUGGUGCAUCCGCCGAUGAAGGGAUCCGCGGUGGGGAUCCCCUCCCAGUCUCGGGCGGUCUUCUUGAUAAUACGCACCAAGCCAGCAACUCAGCGAUUGUUCCGUUCGUCCCCAAUCGAUGGGUUUCGGUAUCCUUCUGCUUCGGAUCACCUUAUGGAUGCCUCCAGCGGCCCGUUGGCACAUCAUUUGCUGGCUUUGUCAGGGGCUGCUCCAACCGUCAUGGACCAGAUUGUGUAUAUAUUGACCGCCAUGGAUCCUUCACCCGCCUCGUCUUCUUUUCUCUUCUAGUUCCAUAAAUCACCCCACUACUCUAGCCUACCGCUUCUUCUUCAUCUCUACUUCACACAGCUUUCUCUUCAGAACACUACUCCCCUUAACACGCAUUCUCAAAUCCAAUCCGUCAACAUGUCUGGACUCAAGGCCGGUGACAGCUUCCCCUCUGACGUUGUCUUCUCUUACAUCCCCUGGUCCGAGGACAAGGGUGAGAUCACUGCUUGCGGUAUCCCCAUCAACUACAACGCUUCCAAGGAGUGGGCCGACAAGAAGGUCAUCCUCUUCGCUCUUCCCGGUGCCUUCACCCCCGUCUGCUCUGCUCGCCACGUUCCCGAGUACAUCGAGAAGCUCCCCGAGAUCCGUGCCAAGGGUGUCGACGUUGUUGCCGUCCUUGCCUACAACGAUGCCUAUGUGAUGAGCGCCUGGGGCAAGGCCAACCAGGUCACUGGUGACGACAUUCUCUUCCUUUCCGACCCCGAGGCUCGCUUCUCCAAGAGCAUUGGCUGGGCCGAUGAGGAAGGCCGCACCAAGCGUUACGCCAUCGUCAUUGACCACGGCAAGGUCACCUACGCCGCUCUCGAGCCCUCUAAGAACCACCUCGAGUUCUCGAGCGCCGAGACCGUCCUCAAGCACCUGUAA